AAACCAACCGCAAUUCACAGGUAUAUUAGCUCGCAUCGUAAGCUCGCCAGCCAGCCCACAGCGCAGGACCAGAAAAGGAAGACGAUUCAACGACUUCCUUCCUAUCCUUCCCUUCACUUCCCUUCCACAGUUUCAGACAAACUACACUCCAUCAAAGCAAUCAAAACCCACCUCCCAAAUCUCUCCCCUUUCUCCGGCUUCCCCAAAAAAAUGGCGAUGGCCGCCUGCUUCCUCGCCGCCGGCUCCCUCUCCUCCUCCGCCGCCAAACCCCGGAUCCACCUCCCUUCGUUCCAAUCCCCUUCCCCUUUCCAAACCCUCCGCCUCCACUCCUCCUCCCCUGCUUUUUCCUCCCGCCAUCUCACCAAUCGACAACGCCUCCUCCCUCUGUUUGUCCCUUCCGCAUCGCUCGGCGGCGGAGACGACGGCGGGAUCAACCGGUUCCCUCCCUCCGGCGGCGGCGGGGGAGGAGGGGACGAACCCUCUGAUGGGGACAAUGCAGGGGACAAGAACAGGGUAGAGGCGAUGAUGGUGCUGGCGGAGGCCGGGAGGUUGCUGGAGAGCCUGCCGAAGGACCUGGCGGUGGCGAUCCAGGACGGGAGGAUUCCCGGGGCGGUGGUUUCGAGGUUUUUGGAGCUGGAGAAGUCGGCGGUGAUGCGGUGGCUGCUUCAAUUCGGUGCGUUUAAGGAGAGGUUGCUGGCGGAUGAUCUGUUCUUGGCGAAAAUCGGGAUCGAGUGCGGCGUCGGCAUCUUCACCAAGACUGCUGCAGAGUAUGAGAAACGCAGGGAGAAUUUCUUCAAGGAGCUGGAAAUUGUGUUUGCUGAUGUGGUGAUGGCCAUAUGUGCAGAUUUCAUGCUUGUUUUCCUUCCUGCGCCUACCGUCUCUCUGAGACCAGCGCUGGCAGGAACUGCUGGACCUGUUGCAAGGUUCUUCUAUGGCUGCCCUGACAAUGCUUUCCAGACUGCUCUUGCUGGAACUUCGUAUUCAUUCGUGCAGAGACUAGGCUCAGUUGUGCGAAAUGGAACAAAGCUCUUCGCUGUUGGCACUGCAUCUUCCCUGAUUGGGACAGUGGUAACAAAUGCCCUGAUCAAUGCAAAGAAGGCUGUGGACAGUACCGGUGAAGUUGAAAACGUGCCUAUACUCUCGACCAGUGUUGGCUAUGGUGUCUACAUGGCAGUUUCUAGCAACCUCAGGUACCAAAUCUUGGCUGGUGUUAUUGAACAACGAAUCUUGGAGCCUUUACUCCAUCAACACAAGCUCAUGCUCAGUGCAAUCUGUUUCGCUGUUCGAACUGGCAACACUUACUUGGGCUCACUUUUGUGGGUGGAUUAUGCUCGCAUGAUCGGGAUCCAAAAGGCCCAAGAAGAGCAUAAUGAACUGGCUUAGGCAGAUGCAAGAGUCCAGAACCUUGUGUGGAACUUAUUUUUUUUACUUUGUUUGACCCCCCAUGUUAGUGUAGAUCCUGAAGAAAGUAGGUUAUAUAUGAAUUGACAUUUUCCCUGGGAGAGAUUUAGGCGGCAUUGCUUUUGGAAGUUCGUUUACGUCUGAAAUUAGUCGAUAGGCCUUCUAGUUGAUAUUGGUUUUCCGGCUCAUCCACUUGAUUUGCUUUUGUAUCAUUCGCAUGAUAAGUUGAGUGCAUUGAUUUCAGACACCCUGAAUUGUUCAGUUUGAUGGUUGGAGUUGGAGACAGGUUAUAUAUGAAGUACAAUAAAACAAGGAAUUUGUUUCUUUUCCUUUUCCCCCAUUGAUAAUAUGGCUGUCACCAUUGCUUGAUUCUUUACAGGUGAGUUGCAGGUAAGGUUACUGCAAUCUUUUGAUCAGUUCAGAUCAUGCAUUAGGAGCCUCUAGCCAGCAAGGUAGGUUAACAACAACAUACCUAGAAACAGC